AUGACCGCCAGCGCUGAGCCCCGAGGGCGACGGCCGGGGGUCGGGGUGGGAGUGAUGGUGACCAGCUGCAGACAUCCCCGCUGCAUCCUGCUGGGGAAGAGGAAAGGGUCGUUUGGAGCCGGCAGCUUCCAGCUACCUGGGGGUCAUUUGGAGUUCGGUGAGACCUGGGAAGAAUGCGCUCAGAGGGAAACCUGGGAAGAAGCAGCUCUUCACCUGAAAAAUGUCCGCUUUGCCUCAGUGGUAAAUUCUUUCGUUGAAGAAGAGAAUCAUCAUUAUGUUACUAUAUUAAUGAAAGGAGAAGUAGAUAUGACUCAUGAGUCAGAACCAAAGAAUGUCGAACCUGAAAAAAACGAAAGUUGGGAGUGGGUUCCAUGGGAAGAAUUUCCUCCACUAGACCAGCUUUUCUGGGCACUGCGUUGUUUAAAGGAGCAAGGCUAUGAUCCCUUUAAAGAAGAUCUGAACCAUCUGGUAGGAUACAAAGGAAAUCAUGUCUACAUGACCAAGAAGGUUUCUUGAUUAAAAAUAAUAAUAAAAACACAAAAAUAAGGUCAAGUUAGAGAAUGAAAACUAUCUACAUUUCAGAACAACUCCAUAUUAUCAAAAAAGUUCCAUGAGACUAGAUUAUUUGCAUUCUCUUACUAUACUCACCACCUCAAGAAAAUCUUUCUGGAGUACGUCAUUGCAUUGUAUUUCAGGCACAGAAUAUAUAAUAAAUAGGGAUAUUGUGGUUAAUCUGCUUUCCAUAUUUAUUUGUAAUGUUUGCUGUGUAGUUUGUCAUUACAGCUUACUCAGGGUAGAGUGUGAUAGGAUUUGCUCAGUGUUUCAAAUAAGAUCCUACUUCAGAUAGCAUAAUGUAGACUUAAACCAUUGCCUGUUACAGAAUGGAUCGUGUUUGGCAAUGUUCCUUUUUUAUUGUAAGAGAACUGGCAAUAUAUUGUGACAGUCUGUAACUAGUGAGAACAGGCCAGGUCAGCAUGCUAAAUAUUUCCCAGAUUUCCAAGGGAGACCCCAAACUAAGCGAAGACAGACAAAUCAGCAGGCCAGGUCACUCUGAAUGUCUCACACUGCCUGAGAUACAGUGUCUUUGUUCGGGCACCAGUCCUCUAAGUGUGGUCUGAAGGACUCCUCAAGAGCUUUUCAGGGUAUUAAAGGUCAAAGGUACCUGUUUCUAUAAUCCUAAAACAUCAUUUAACUUUUCCACUCUCAUGCCUUCAUCAUACAUAGUUUUCUAGAAGCUGCCUGAUACAUGAUAUAUCAGACAAAAUAAAAGCAGAUAUGAGAAUCUAGGUUUCUUCUAUUCAGUCAGACAUUAAAGAGAUUUGCAAAAAUUACAGUGACACUUUUCUCACUAAUUUUUUAGAAAAAUAGUUCUUUUCAAAAAAUUAUAACAAGCAUUAGAUUUUCAUUUGUAAAUGAUUAGUGAAAAUUUAAGUUAAUUUUCAGUUUUUUGUUAUUGAGAUAGGAUUUCAUUAUUUAGACCAAGCUGACAUCAAACUUGCAAACGUCCUGUCUCAACCUCCUAAUACAUUUUUUAAGGUUUUUUUGUGGGGGGCAUACUGAGGAUCAA